GCCGAGGUGCUUCCAGCUCUCCACAAGCGUGCAAGAGACAGCGUUCCCAAGGCCGGCUGGCUGCAGCUGAGGAGACAGCACUCACAGACCCUCCUUUGAUUAGGAUGUGUCCGUGUUGUCAGGGCAACUGUUAACAGCGGCGUAUCAUAUUUUCUCCUCUUGUAUUGCGUGCUGAAUAUUUUAGUGUGCUGUAGCUGGAAGAAGGUUGCAGGGAAGAAGAUGCCGCUGCGAGGAACCUGAAGCUGUGGGCUGGGAUCUGAUUGAACAGGUUAAGACAGCGAAGAGCAGCAUCCAAAGCAAUGUGCCUUUAAUUAGGGCUUUUCUUCAAGGAGGGGAAGGACUGCGAGCCUUUCAGUGCCGACUGGAUGUUGGUGUUUGUCAGCUGUUUGCAUGCUGCUUAUCCAUAGGGGAUCUGUUACAAGUGCUCAAAUGAGCAGACGGCGUUGCAGCUAGCGGCUAAUCAGAGGCUGGAGCUUCUUACUUUUUUUUUGGUUUUUUUUAUAAACAAGAGGCAACAGUAACAUGCCUAGUUCAACUACUGCCCUCCGACAAGAGAGACUGAAGAAAAGUGCCAGGCCAAACCCCCCAGGUUUAUUCACCAUUAAUGAGGAGGAUGAGCAGCAAAAAAAUGGGAAUUCCACAAGACCGAAAGCAACUGAAAGUUCUGAAACACAAGAUAAGAAAGUCACUUCAGGCCAAAGCAACACUGGAACUAAAUCAGAUCAUCCAACAGUACUAAAGGUUGAUGACAGGCAACGGCUUGCCAGAGAACGGAGAGAAGAGCGAGAAAAACAGCUAGCUGCAAGGGAAUCCGUCUGGUUAGAAAGAGAAGAGAGAGCACGGCAACAUUAUGAAAAACACCUAGAGGAACGCAGAAAGAAGCUAGAAGAGCAGAGACUAAAGGAAGAGAGAAGGCGAGCUGCCGUAGAGGAAAAGCGAAGGCAGAAACUAGAAGAAGACAAGGAACGACAUGAAGCUGUUGUACGUCGCACAAUUGAAAGAAGCCAGAAGACAAAACAAAGACAAAACAGGUGGUCCUGGGGAGGAGCCCUACACAACCGCAUUAAUAACACAGAUCGAGACAGGCGGUCUGUUUCAACAAUGAACCUUUCGAAACAUGUUGAUCCAGUCAUAAACAAGCGGCUCUCCUCCUCAUCUGCAACAUUACUAAAUUCUCCAGACAGAGCUCGCCGCCUUCAGCUCAGUCCAUGGGAGAGCAGCAUCGUUAGCAGGCUCCUGACGCCCACACACUCAUUCCUGGCUCGGAGUAAAAGCACAGCUGCAUUGUCUGGAGAUGCAGUUAUCCCCGUUUGUCCCCGUUCAGCAUCUUGCAGCCCCCUCAGUCCUCUGUCCUACAAGGCCAUGAACUGUAGGAAUUCAGGAGAACGAGCAAAACUUUAUGCUUCUACUGAUGCCGUUGGACGUCGGAGAACAACGCACCUUGCAGGGACUGACAAGAGAGAAAAGGACCAUUUGUCAUCCAGCUUCUCAGCCAACUUUAAAGGAGGUCAUUUCACUUCCAGCCUCAAAGCUAGAUCAUCAGCUCCCUCUCCAGUUUGGCAUGCAUCAAAGUCUUUGCCUUUUUUGCCUGGCACGCCGAAGCAGAUAGCUUCCCCUCCUGGUUCCUCCAAAGUUUCCUCUUCUCAGACACGUCCUCCCUCUCCUGGCAACAUCCGGCCCACCAAAAAAGAGAUCAAACCAGAGGGUGAGAAGAAAAGACCAGAAAAGGAGGCUGAAAAGGCCAAUGAGGCGAGGACAGAAGAGAAUAAAGGAACUUCAGCAGGUGCUGGAGAAGCCACCAGUCAGGAGCAGCUCACUGUCCAAGCAGAGCUAACUCAAGCAGCCAGCCCAUCCCUACCUCCUGCUCCACCAGCUCUUUCUCCAGCCCCAGCACCACCCAAACCCUCUGCAGGUACAACUGACCCUGAAGAAGCAACAAGGCUGCUGGCUGAAAAAAGGCGCCUUGCCCGUGAGCAGCGGGAGCGGGAGGAGCAGGAAAGGAGGGAGAGAGAAGAGCUUGAAAGACAAAAGAAAGAAGAGUUGUCACAGAGGAUAGCUGAAGAAAGAGCUCGCCGAGAAGAGGAGGAAGCUCGCAGACAAGAAGCAGAAAAACAAAGGAAGGAUGCAGAGGAGCGGGAAAAGGAGGAACGGCUGCGCCGCCAGGCAGAGGAGAGAGAGCAGAAGGAGAAAGAAGAGAUGGAGCGCAUUCAGAAACAAAAAGAAGAGGAAGCUCGCCAGCGGGAAGAGGCCGAGAGGCUUCGAUUAGAACGUGAAAAGCAUUUCCAAAGAGAAGAGCAAGAGCGCUUGGAAAGGAAGAAGAGGCUUGAGGAGAUCAUGAAGAGAACUAGGCGUGCAGACGCUGUAGAUAAGAAAUCCAAUGACCAGCAAAAUGGACAUAUAUCAAAGGCAAAUAUUACUGGAGAAGCAGUUGCAGCCAGCCCUGCACCUCCCUCGGAGCCUGCAGCAGGGCCCCAGCUCCAGCACGCAGCGCCGCCUCCGCACAACGGGACUCCGGCCGCCUGCACACGCCUGGGGGCUCCCCAGCAGCCCCCCGGAAAUGUGGACAGCAAUCUCAAUCCAGAGGAAAAUGCAAACGAAAAUGGAAUGUCUAUGCAGAAUGAUAACUUUGAAGAGAUCAUGAACCUGCCUAUUGGUUCUAAACCAUCCCGGCUGGAUGCUAUGAACAAUGAUGGAAACAAUAGUCCCGAAAUUCCUUUGAAUCCAAUUCUGGCCUUUGAAGAUAAGGGGACUCUUUUGCCUCAGGUAGAUAGUGUUCAAACACAUCAAACAGCAGAAGUGAUCUGAUUGUUUCUUCUGAAGAACCAAAGGUGAUAUGAGCAUCUCUGCAGUCUGUGGAGUUUCUUCCAUGCUAUGAAGGAGUGUUUUAUUUUUUCUCUCCAGUUUUUUAAAGAUUUCUUGAAUAUCUUUUUUUGGAAGGACUUUAGUAAAACCAGCAGAAGAAAUGAGGGGAAUAGACUUGGAUCACCAUUCUAAUAGCUUUCAUCACUAGAAAAAUCAUGCUUCACGUGUGUUACUUAAUAUGGCUAUUUCCAACAAGCUUUUUUUGUUAGUAAAUGAAUAUUUCUGCAUUCCUUAAGACACAAGACACUGGAAUCUGAAAGUAACAGGCUGAUUUGGGUGGUGGGACUGAUUCUUUUUUGUUUUUAAAAAAGGUGAGUGUUGGUUUAAAAGGCAUAAUUGUAAAAUUGGCAAAGAAUCUUUUACACUUUGUGGUUCUAAUACUUGAAAAAUAGAUUCCUCAUUGCUCUACAAGUAGAGUUAAUGGGGUGUUUUAUUUAAACCUGUUGGUUUAAAUGUUAUUGCAGAGAACUCUAAUUAUGGGGGCAAACUAUAGGCUUCUGUAUCAGGUUCUUGUAAAUGUAAUUCCUACAGGGACAUUCUGUAAACUGAGACGUCACUAUGGUCUUCUCACAUUUUCUCUAAAAACACAAAACAAGACAGGUUUUAAAAUGUGAAAAUUUGAAAGCGUUAUUUUUUCAUUGACAAGAGGAAAACCUAUUGUUCUCCUAGAUGUAUUUAUGAAUUUUGCUCAGUACAGAAAUAAAUCGUUUAAUUGAAUAAAUUAGACAAAUAUGGCAAAAAAGAUACUGCAAACUUGAUUUUUUUUUUUAAGUUACAUCCAUGUUCACAAUACUAUAAAAGAUGUGUAUGCAUAUGUGCACAUGUGUGCACACACAUACAAGGAAAUACCUUGUUCUGAGUCCUGUAAAUUGCUGCUGUUCCCAAUGAUGGAAGACUUUUCCUUUGCCUUAUCAGACUAUUGAAGACUGUGUGAAACCUGGGAUAUUUGAGUUUUGGAUGAUGAUGCAGGUUUGGGGAUUUUUGGGGUUUGCUCGUUUCAGAGCAAAUGGAAAAUGGUCAUUGUGCUUUUUUAUGUAGUGUGUGGUUUUUAUAAAGCAGUGCAGUUUGAGUUGUAAGAGGAGUGAUGCAGGUUGCUUUCUCUUUAGUUUGAUGCUGAUUUCUACUGUCAUUCGUUGUUCCACCCCACAGUUUUGGUUGCUGUUGUGCAGAAUUGUAAAAUCUUGCACGUUUUUUGUGCUUUGCUAAACAAUGCUGUUGGAGGCAGAGCUCACUCUGGGUGUUUGAGUUUGAAGCAUCACCGAAGGCUUGAGGCAUUGCUCUCUGAAUCAAUGAGAAGAUCCUUGGGUAGGGGAAAUGGAGGUUCAUGGGCUCUCAGCUCUUGCUAACAGAGAAUGUACCAUUAAGAUUCCUGCACUUGCCUUUAGUGAGCACUGAGCGAGGCCACUAGGAAGCUGUGCAGAAAAUCUGUGCUAGCCGAAGAAAGCCUCUGAGAAAAAAGCUGAAGAAUUUUUGAAGAAAUUUCUGCUGCUGCCAAGUGUUCAUCUUAUUGAGGAGAUGGGAUAAAAGCAAUGGAAAUAAAAUGAAAGAGACUUCAUCUGCCAGAGUAUUUAUGGAAGGGAAAAAACAGCCAUUCAGUCAGAGUGCUUUCAAUAGUAACUUGUGACACAGUAAAAUGAAUUGGGUUCCUUUCUUGCUUUCUUUAGUUUUCCAUGUACAUAGCCACAAUAUUUUGAAGUGUCCAAAAUAUGUAGUUUUUCUUUAAAACUAUAUAUAGCAUGUAAGUACCAAAUAAAACCUGUUUGAAAUAUUUA